GGUUUACGGCAGAUUGUGCGAAAUAGAAUAACAUUCCUGUUUGUAAGGAUUUUAAAAUGAGAAAAUGUGUUUUAUUUUAGCGAAAGGAGGAAUUAUGCGAUAAUAUGUUUAAAGGCGCAUCCACAGCCGCAUGUGCUAGUGAAGAAAAGGAUGACAAAGAAGAAACCCUCUCCACAAAAUCGUAUCUGGGAAAAGGAGCGACGUGAGCGUCUGAAUAAAACAUUCGAAGAUCUACAGCGGCUUCUGCCCGACCAUGAACCAGCGUCCAGCCUCAGCAAGGUGGAAAUCCUUCAGCGGGCCAUCGAGCUCAUUGGCAAACUACAAAAAAAGAUUAAGGGGCUGGUGGAAGAGUGCAAUGAUCCGCUGAAAGAACACGUUAAGGAGCAAGAGCUGCGCCUGAAGCGGCUACUAGUUCGCAAUGAGGAACUGGCCGGAUUAUUGCGGAAGGCCAAAAUUGCCGUUCCACCAUGCAAGCAUACGAUGGCGGAGGAGGAAUUGCAGCGACAGAACGAGGAGAAAGAAAAUGGAGGUCGCGAGAAGAAACCGGCUCCGAAACAACGCAGAGCAACGGGAACAGUUCCCAAAAAACAACCUGUGAUAGCAAAACAGCCUCCGGCGAGUGUAGCGAGCUCGGAGAGUUUAGAGUUAAGUGUUGUUAAAAGUAUUGCACCGGCUGCUAGUGGGGUGAGUGUCAGUGUCCCCAGUUCUGGCAUUUUCCUAGCCGCUGCAGGUCCCCCUACACUGAGGCACGCGAACGGGAUCGGUUCCGGAAAUGUGAACGUCACGCCCGCCCUACAUCCCACUCCGAUUAUGACAACGAGCGUCAUAAUAUCCAACAACGGAAACCUCGUACAAGUGCCGAUAGUUGCGCCUCCAUCAUCCCUGCUGAUCGUUGGUAAUGAGGAUGUUCGAUCAAAGAUUAAUUUAAAAAAUCGCCCCAAUGAUGCCCACUCAGCCCGAUACCGUGGUAGACGUAACAAAUUUACGAUCAAAUCGAUUGAUCUUAUACCGGGCAGGAUAGUGAAUGGGAAGAUACCGAUACCACCGUUAAGAAGAAGUACGAGCGAUGCCGUGAAAUCUUCAAAAGCGCCUCGGAUGAAACGGAAACGGAUGCUCGAAAAAUGUAAAAAACUACGCAGCAAAUCGAGCACGCCUAAUGCUACGAAACAGAGCAAAAACUCUGAACAGCCGGACGCAAAGCGUGCACGGUUGGAAAAAUCUACUCACGAAGAACUACCCAAAGAUGAUGAGGUGCCCCAAAGGGAAGUGCAUGGCAUGCAGCCACAAUCGUGUACGGAUGCAUCCGCGCCUAACAAAAGCUCAUCCAAAGAGGAGCAGAAAAAUGCUCAGCCGAACGGACCCGAACCAGCCGCCCGAGAUACUCAACUGGAUAUUAGCUUAAAUCAAACCGAUCUAUCGGAAGAUAUUUUUGCAAACUUGCACGUAGGACCGGAUGGAUCGAAUGUGCACGGAACUAGCGAUGAUGGUACACUGUCACCGACGGCGGCUUAUUUAAUGAAUUUUCCGAUUGUAGCCGGAGGUGGUAAAGUUGCCGGUAAUCAUGCGGACACCGGGGAAGUUGAUGAGUGCACCGAUUCAGCGCCAAUCGAACAACAGCCGGUGAAGUCAAACAUCACUUCCGUCAACGAACAAACGAGUGGUAUGCUUUUGGAUAACUUUUCAUCCUAUUUCAACUACGGACAUAUCGACACGGUGGCUGUUGGAGGUGCAUCGACGGUGGGUCACGAUGUCGCGAACGUACAUUCGAUUUCGGCAUUAUCCACAAGUGUACCGAGCGCGGUGACGACCACAUCCAGCUCAGUUACGGCUACAUCGUCAGCCACGAAAGAGAACAGUUUCACCAAUUUCCCUGCCAUUUACCAAUCGAUUGAUAAUAUGCUCGAUAAUCGACCCGUUGCGACUAGCAGACCGCCAAUCACUGCUACAAAUGCAGAAUAUCCUGGCAGCGUAACGUUUACCUUCACGCUAACAUCCAACACCUGUACAGCGCCCACGACAGCACAACCAGCGAUCGGUUCAUCUCAUUUCUACGGUUCUUCCUGUGGCGCUUUAAACCCCGUGAAGGCGGUAGACGAGUUUAGCUCACCAAUGAAACCAUCGAUAGAAUUUACGUUCUCACUUACCAGCACCACGGCCUCCCAACCCCGGAACGUUCAGAGCCAAUACACUAACAGCACAAUGCUGGCGACAACGAUGACCACACCGUCGUACGAGACGUACGGAUACUUUCACAAAAACGUGUCCAAAUCAAGCAACUAUUGCACUUCUUUUAACGUGCUCGAUCCACUGCUGGCCACCGAGAAACCUGCCACGAGCUUCACGUUUAGUCUUACCUCCUCCACCAAGACAGAACCAUCGUACUCGCAAUCCUCGCUAGUGACCGUGCCCACCAACACUACGCAAGCAUACGGCACGCCGCCUAAGUUGUCCACCAAACAGCAUCAGCAUCAACCAGUUGUAGAGAGCUUCCCUUCCCUGAAACCGGAGUCUGCUUCAAAGCCGGAUAAGGUGCCGCAAAGGGCAAGCAGAGCAAAUCAAGGAACUCACACGAAUGGGAUGCAUCAGCCCCAGCAGCAACAGAUUCAGUCUCAACACCAGCAGCAGCAGCAGCAGCAGCAAACACAAUCCAAAUACGAUGUUUCGUGGAUGGCAGCAGGAGCACAGAACGCUCAAUCCUCCUCGGUAGUCUCAUCCCAGGGCAGUCAGCAAGUCUCAUCCCACCACCACCUGCAACACCAGCCACCACAGUCGAGCUAUGAGUCCGUCCCAUCGAUCGAGUUCCCAACCACAGUCGGAUACACGAGCACGAGCAACUACAAGUCGGAUAUCUACUUCGCUCAUCCUCCGGGCGAAGAGCACAACCUCACCUGGUCAUCUCCCAGCAAGCUUUCCAACAUACUGAACGAUAGCUCUUCGCCCUAUUUUCCACCCGUAACACUUCCCAGCCUGAAUGGGGAUUUGGCGCUCAAUACCUCUGGAUCGGGAACGGCAAACACAUUCGGCGGCGGCGCAAGUAAUAAACCGACCGCUGUGGCAAGCUGCAAGGUCGCUACCAACCAGGCGAAGAAGUCGUAUACGCAUCACGGUGGCUCCUCUUCUGUUGGGACAGUUCAGAAUGAGCCGACCGCUUCUGGCGGUAGCUUCCUUUCUGUUAGCCAGCUUGUGAAUGAGCCUUCGAAAUCGUAUCCCACCAGCAAUUCCAACAGCAACGUUGGGAUGAGCGGCGGAUGUCACCAGAAACCGGCAAAUAAUAACUAUUCCGCUGAAGCUCUCAUUGGGAACACGUAUACCGGCCAUUCGAGCUAUUCAUCCGUUGGGCUGGAGAGCGGGCGUAAGGAUAAGUUGUUCGAUUAUGGUGCGAAUGCUCUGGAGAACGUGCCAUGCACUACGGGUCCUCUAAUUCUUAAUUUCGACUCGUUCGGGAACUCUUCUGGAAUGGAGUACAAUAAGGGAUAUAAUUUCGGUAACCAGCAGAACGGGUACAUCAGCUCCUCGUACGGAGAAGCCGGAUAUAAUGGGUCCAGCAAUUGUGGUGGGCCGUCCAACUCUGGCCCUUCAUCCAGCAUCCCUUACUAUGGCAAGACUUCGGCCUCCCAAGGCUACUACAAUCAAUCCAAUCUGGACGCGUCGAUGGCGGAUACGGGGUCCGCCUCAGCUACCGCAAACUAUCCCACCGCAAGCCACGUUCAAUCGAUGGGCACAGGUGUCACAGUGGGACAGGACUAUGCGCCGUACUAUCUGCCCUCGUUUGGAGAGAAAAAACAAUACCCAGCAGCAGCAGCGCACGGUGGAUCUUCUUCUGAACAGCCGUCCUUGAAGAGUAAGAAAAGUCACAAACAAAGCGCAGAAUAUGGUGGUAACAAUGUGAGUGUCGCUUCUACCACGAUGAGCUUUUCUAGCUCCUCCAGCUAUAGCUAUGCAUCGCUGGGGAAUACCUCCAAUUACCCAGUAAUUGGAGCGUCAGGGACGCUGGAGCACAGUACAUCGAAUCAUCAAAUGGAUUCUUCGUCUAACCCAAACUACCACCACCACCACCACCGUCACAACUAUCAUCAACAGCAGCAACAACAGCAUCAGCAACAGCAGCAGCAGCAGCAGCAGCAGCAUCGACAACCAAAUCAGCAGUCUGGCGUUGUAACGUCAGAACCCUUCAGUACUACCUCCUCGGGGUCUUCAAGUCGCAAACCAUCAUCUUCAUCCACUAUCGCUUCUUCCUACAACUACACUCAAUACACUGCAGAGAAAGCAAGCCAGCAGUCCUCCUCCAUCCACGAUCCUCACCAUCAGCCGUCCUACCCGGCAACCUUUGGCGGCACUGCUUCCCAUCAUUUAAAUCUUUCGUCCUGCAUCGACCCCGCACCGGCUGUUAGCUACGCCAACGUUCAAUCCACAUCGUCCACUUACGGGCAAACGUCCGGAGCUUCUUCACAUCAGGGCCACUACUAUCGGCAGUCGUCACAUCAACAGCAUCACCACCAGCAACUGUCUGCUGGCACAUCGACGGCUUCUGUCCCCAGCAGCAGUAGCAGUGCCGCCGCUCCGAGCAGCACCAUAACGAACUUCAACCUGAGUACGAUUUGUCCGGAAAUUAACGAAAAGACGGGUCGCUCGAGAGAUGGCCGAUCAGCAGCACCGGGAACGGCGGUAGCAGCCGUGACGGGAGUGCCAUCCUCCGCUCCUUCUAUAAUAGCACAUUGGUAGCGUGGAGGAGAAUGAUUUCGGAAUCUAUCAUUCGUUUAGCUAGAAUGUGUAAAAAGAAGCAAUCUUCCAGGACCAGUGGAAUCUUCAUCGUGAAAGUCUAGCAUGGAAGGUUCUGUGUACGAUAUUAAAAUGUUUUUAUUUGAUUAAAUGAAAUUUAUUGUAAUAAAGUACAUCUAACUUAUGGCAAUAUAUAA